AUGGUAUCUCGCGUCGAUGUACCCAAAGGCGGAUUUAACUUUGACAACUAUCAAAGGAAUUUAAUCCUUCAGGAGAAAGGGUUUUCUCUGCCAAAGCCCACCAAGACAGGGACAACCAUUGUCGGAACAAAGUUCAAGAAUGGUGUAGUACUUGGAGCAGACACGCGGGCAACUGGGGACACUACAGUAAUGGAUAAGAAUUGUUUCAAGAUUCACUACCUGGCACCCAACAUUUACGGUUGCGGAGCAGGUACCGCAGCUGAUACCGAUAAAAUUACGAAAAUGGUUGCUUCUCAAUUAGAAUUGCAUCGUUUGGCCACUGGAAGAGAAUCAAGAGUAGCAACUGCCUUGACUGCGCUUACGCAGUUUUUGUUCAGAUAUCAAGGUCACCUUGGAGCGGCUUUAGUAUUAGGUGGUGUGGAUGUUGAUGGACCGCAUCUGUUUAGUGUCUCUCCACAUGGCAGUACCGAUAAGUUGCCUUAUCUCUGUCAAGGCAGUGGAUCCCUAGCUGCUAUAUCUAUUUUUGAAUCACAAUGGCGAGAAAAUAUGGAGCGUGAUGAAGCUAUAGAAUUGGUCAAGGAGGCUAUAAAGGCUGGUAUAUUUAAUGAUAUGGGUUCAGGGUCCAGUGUCGACGUCGCCGUCAUCGAGAAAGGCCGUGCCGAAGUUUGCCGCGGCAUGGAAGUACCCUAUCCAACCAUACAGAAAGUCGACAGUUACAAGUUUAAACCUGGAACGACGGCUAUUCUCAGCGAAUCAUUUAGAAACUUUGUCACAAUCACAGAGGGAGAUGCUAUGGACAUUUCAUGA